CACAACAAACGAUUUUUUUUUUUUUAAUUUUAAGUCCUCCUUCUUCUUAGUUUCCUCCCCCGGGCUCGUGGGUCUCCUCCCUUUGACCGGUUCUCCUUCGACUCUCUUUCUGCCCCCUUCGAUCUCUCCAGAUCCUAUCCCUUUUAAGCCCUCUUAUUCUUCUUUCGUGCAAGCAUACGGCGUUGUUGUGAUGUAUUGAUGUUAAUCGCUUUGAGGUGGACGGAGAGAGGAGGAGGAGGCGAUGGGCUUGUGCUUCUCGUGUGCCAUCAAGGUCAGCGGCUCCAGUAGCAGCAACGCGGCGGCCGCCGGCGGUGGGCAGCAGUGCCAACCGGCGGCGCAGAACCGGAAGGGUAAGCAGGAGGAGGCGGCGGCCGGGAGGAGGGCCGGUGGGAAGGUGCCGUGCGGGAAGAGGACGGACUUUGGUUACGACAAGGACUUCCAGAGCCGGUACGCGAUCGGGAAGCUCCUGGGGCACGGCCAGUUCGGGUACACCUUCGUCGCCACCAACAAGGCCAAUGGGGAGCGGGUGGCCGUCAAGAGGAUCGACAAGAACAAGAUGGUCCUUCCUAUCGCUGUUGAGGAUGUCAAGCGUGAAGUGAAGAUAUUGAAAGCCCUACAAGGACAUGAGAAUGUUGUCCACUUCCAUAAUGCAUUUGAAGAUGAUUCUUAUGUUUAUAUAGUUAUGGAAUUAUGUGAGGGUGGUGAAUUGCUGGAUCGAAUAUUGGCCAAAAAGGAUAGCCGUUACAGUGAGAAAGAUGCUGCAAUAGUAGUACGGCAGAUGCUUAAAGUUGCAGCUGAGUGUCAUUUGCAUGGUUUGGUACAUCGAGACAUGAAGCCUGAGAACUUCCUUUUCAAAUCAAAAAAAGAGGACUCAUCCCUGAAGGCGACAGAUUUUGGCCUUUCAGAUUUUAUCAAUCCAGGGAAGAGAUUCCACGACAUUGUUGGUAGUGCCUACUACGUGGCCCCAGAAGUACUAAAACGUAGGUCUGGUCCUGAAUCAGAUGUUUGGAGCAUAGGUGUCAUAACCUACAUUUUGCUUUCUGGAAGGCGUCCCUUCUGGGAUAAAACUGAGGAUGGAAUAUUUAGGGAGGUGUUAAAGAACAAGCCGGAUUUUCGUCGGAAGCCUUGGCCAAGCAUAAGCAGCAGCGCUAAGGAUUUUGUAAAUAAGUUGUUAGUUAAGGAUCCUCGUGCAAGAUUGACUGCUGCUCAGGCUUUGUCACACCCAUGGGUGAGAGAAGGAGGAGAUGCAUCAGAAAUCCCAUUAGAUAUAUCUGUGCUUCAUUACAUGCGCCAGUUUGUGAAAUACAGCCGUUUUAAGCAAUUUGCACUAAGGGCAUUAGCAAGUACACUAAAUGAGGAUGAGCUGGCUGCUCUCCGGGACCAGUUUGAUGCGAUUGAUGUGGACAAAAAUAAUGCAAUCAGUCUCGAAGAAAUGAGACAUGCUCUCGCAAAAGAUCUUCCAUGGAGACUGAAGGGGCCUCGUGUUCAAGAGAUUCUUCAGGCGCAGAUAGACACCAACACAGAUGGACUCGUAGAUUUCUCUGAAUUUGUUGCAGCAACUUUACAUGUGCAUCAGUUGGUGGAACAUGACUCUGAAAAGUGGCAAUCAAUUUCACAAGCUGCUUUUAAUAAAUUUGACGUGGAUGGAGAUGGAUAUAUCACACCUGAAGAACUUCGAAUGCACACGGGUUUGAAGGGCUCGAUCAACCCACUAUUAGAGGAAGCUGACAUUGACAAGGAUGGCAGAAUAAGCUUGGAUGAAUUCCGCCGACUCCUAAAAACUGCAAGCAUGAGUUCACGCAAUGUGCCCACCCCAACUGGUGCUAGUAAUCCUCAAAAGUUGUAGCUGAACAGGAGACUGUUGGCAAUUGAUGAGGGAGUGAGCUGAUGCUUUCUCCAAUCUUCACCAUUUAAGGAUCCAUCUUAAGGGUCUGGCAUGCAUAUAUGUGCUCAUGUUCCAGAUUGUAAUGAGCCACAGGCAAAGCUGAAAAGUUUCUGUUCUCAAUAGUGUGCAGAUCUGGAGAGGGCAGCUAAGCUGUGAAGAGGACGGUCGCUACCAAGUAGCUAAAUGCUUUCAUCACUUGGGAGUUUCAUCUCCACGUUGAGUUGUAUAUUAUGUCUGGUGACCAGCGGAUUUUGCAUGUUCCACGUGAUUAUACAUAUACAAUGCAAAUUUGGGUUUAGAAUGCCUACACGGUUGAAUACAAAAUUCUAGAAAAGGUUGAUGCAACUUUAUGUCGAA